AUGGCGGACACUUUCGGUACCGCUGCCAUGAGCGAAGCACUCCCCAGCGCCGAUCAGAAGGACCAAUCCGUAACUCCUGGCACUCAGGGUUACGAUGCGUCUCAGGGAAGAUGGACUGAGCCCCAGGCCAUUGAUUAUUCCUCCAUGACUGCCGGUGGCGGUGACCAGCAGUGGGGUUGUAACGCUCGUGCCUAUGCCUGGCAGGAUGAGUACGGUGAUGUCGGUCCCAAGUAUCCCGAGCUCGAGCUCGAAUUGUUUGGAGAUCCCACUACUCGCCACGACCGAGUUGGACUCGACUUCUCUCAAAUUGAAAGCAUUGAGGUUCAGCAGGAGGGUCCGACCAAAAUCGACCCCAUCGGCUCCUUCAAGGACGCUGGCGUCCAUCCCGCCAUGCUCGAGAACAUUGAGCUUUGUGGCUAUGAGAACCCGACGCCCAUCCAAAAGUUCACUAUUCCCUCUAUCUUGAUGGGACACGAUGUCAUUGGUAUCGCGCAAACAGGAUCCGGCAAAACUGCUGCGUACCUUAUCCCCAUUCUCAGCAAGCUCAUGGGCAAGGCCAAGAAGCUUGCUGCGUUUCGCCCCAACCCCUUGACCUUCCGUGAGGGGCUUGAUGAAGUCACUGCUGAGCCGCUUGUGCUCAUUGUGGUUCCCACUCGUGAACUGGCGGUCCAAAUUUUCAACGAAGCUCGUAAGCUUUGUUACCGUACUAUGCUACGUCCCGGUGUCGUUUAUGGGGGCGUUCCUGUAAAGGAGCAGACCUGUCUUCUGCAGAAAGGAUGCGAUGUCCUGGUCGGAACACCCGGGCGCCUGGUGGACUUUAUUCAACGCCCUAAAGUCUUGACCCUGCGACGCCUGCGUUACAUGGUGAUUGAUGAGGCCGACGAACUCCUGAAUGACGACUGGGCCGAGGAGCUUAAUCCAAUCUUGUCUGGUGGUGAACAGGAUGAGGGCAACGUCAAGUUUAGCCUUUUCUCUGCCACGUUCCCCAAGGCCGCUCGUGACCUGGCCAAAAACUAUCUCGCGGCUUCUCAUGUUCGGUUCCGUGUUGGCCGUGCCGGAAGCACAACUUCCAACAUCAAGCAAAUUGUGCUGCAGGCCGAAGCCCCCCAAAAGAAGGAGCUUCUAGUCAAGCUACUUGAGGAAAUGCAUGGCGUUCGUACCAUCAUUUUCGUGAACAGUCGCCAGGCUGCUGACAACCUGGACGACUUUUUGUUCAACAUGCAUUUGCCGGUCACAUCGAUGCACAGUGAUCGGACCCAGCAGGAGCGAGAGGCCGCGAUGCGGGCUUUCCGCUCUGGAAACGCGCCCAUUCUCAUUGCUACUGGAGUGACUGCCCGUGGUAUUGACGUGCAGAAUGUCCUGCAUGUCAUCAACUACGACAUGCCAUCCAUCGACUACGGCGGCAUCGAGGAGUACACUCAUCGGAUUGGCCGAACUGGCCGCAUCGGCCAUCGCGGUGUGGCCACGUCUUUUCUUUCAGAGCGUGAUGAGCCGAUGGCCAGUGUUCUCACCCGAACACUCCUGGAGACUAAUCAGGAGAUCCCUGACUUCCUCCAGCAGUAUGUUCCCGAGGGCGAAGCUCGCAACAAUCUGAAGUUUGAAGCAGAUUCUGACUUCGACCCCAACGAUUACGCUGGGGCUGGUGGUGAUGACGGCAACACUGGCGGCGGGGAUGCUUGGGGUGCGGACGAUGGCGGUAAGGCUGGUGCUGGAGAUGCUUGGGGCGCUGACACUGCUUCUCCCGUUGCCGCUUGGUAA